GAGCUCCCGUAACGUUACCGCGGUUUUAAUGCACAGUUACAACCAAAAACGUCUCAUUUCAUUGAUUCGUUUAAUUAUUUAUUGAUUCAAAACGAACCGAUAUUGUUAGAUCACGGUCUCUGUAUUUUACAGUCACCGAGGACAUUUAUUUAGUGGGAAUAAGCAAGCGGUUAUCUAACCUAAUCCCUCACGCGUCGGAUUGCGCGCGAGCUGUUCUCGUUUCCCUUCUAUGCGUUCCUAUUUCUACUCCACUACGUCACGCAGGAGGAGUCACGUGCAGGAAAUGAGCAAAACACUACCGCAGUCGUCUAUAUGUUGGCAUCGAUUCGUCUGAUUGCAGAACAUCUAGAAUUGCCAUGAAGGGACUUUACUGCAAACCAGGAGACCAGGGUGAAGUGAAGUUUGUCUCACAGGAGACGAACGUGCCCACUGUCGUAGUCGACCAUCAGGUCAAAGUUCAAGUCAAAAGCUGCGCCCUAAGUCCAGUUGAUUUUAAGCUGUACGAGGACCUCAAGCUUGAGAGAGAACAUGUCCCAGUUGGGAGGGAAAUUGCUGGGGUUGUUCUUCAAGUUGGACCUAAAGUGACCUUUUUCCAGCCAGACGAUGAGGUUGUUGGGAUUCUCCCUCUGGAGGCUGAGCAGUCUGGCCUUUGUUCUGUUGUGGUUACCGAUGAAUAUAAUUUAGUUCAGAAGCCUGAGAAAGUGAGCUGGUUUGAAGCAGCAGCGGUGAUUAAAGACGGUCUGAGGGCUUACACUGCUCUCCACACACUUGCUCGGAUGGCUGUGGGUCAGACUGUCCUGGUGCUGGACGGGGCUGGUCCCUUUGGAGUUCUGGCCAUUCAGCUCGCCCACUAUCACGGUGUGAAAGUCCUGGCUGCAGCUUUGUCUCCGGAGGACCAGAAGUUUUUGGAAGAGCUCCGGCCGAGUGUGGGUGUGCAGGAAUCACCUUUGGCUCGAGUGAUCAGAGUGUGGGACUCUAAGGAGGAUUUGGUGGACUCGUGCCUUGAAGAAACUGGAGGACUUGGAGUGGACAUCAUCAUCGAUUCAGGAGUGAGACUCUAUGACGAGGAGCCAGAAGCACAGAGGCACUGCCCACACAAACAUGACCUCCUUACCCUGCUUUCAGUCGGAGGUCAUUGGGUCACCACAGAGCAACACUUACAGCUGGACCCUCCUGACAGCCGCAUUCUCUUCCUGAAAGCAGCAUCUCUCUCGUUCCUCAACGACGAGGUGUGGACAACAUCCAGGGCCAAGCAGGGACGAUAUCUUCAUAUCCUGAAAGACGUGAUGGAUAAACUCUGCACAGGGACUUUCAGGCCGCAGUUGGAGGACCCUGUGCCUUUGUACGAAGCUACAGUUUCCAUGGAGAUGGUACAGAGAAAGCAAACGAGGAAGAGAAUAGCUGUCAAACUUUGAAGAGGGCUCAAAAUGUUUUCCGUAAUUCUGUAAAAUGUAGCCGUUGUGUAAUUCUUGUUUUUGUCAGUUGCGUUUUUAAUGCAUCGUUGGUAUUUAAAAACAUUAAAAUCCUUUAAAUGGAAAUUCCAAAUAUAUGCA